AUGGCAUCAACAGACGGCGACGACCCCAUCGCCGCGCAGCUAGCAUCUCGCUCCCUUACGCCCAUCGCCCAGCUCAAUCCCGACCUGCCCGACCAGUCUACUCGUGCCGUCCGCGGCCAGGUUACCCUCACAUGGCCCUUCAAUUCCGUCACUAAGACCGUCGCCUUCCUACUGUCUGAGCCAGACGUCCGCUUGCGCCGGAAUAAGGGGCAGGUGCGCGUUGAAUUUAGCGGGCCCUGCGCUAGGGCUGUGGCUGAGCUUGGUGUUGGCGCCUUUGAUGAGGUGGUCAUUGGACUGGAGGGCACGGAAUGGGACGAGGAUAGAUCGCUGAAGAGGCCACUGGAGUCGCGUGUUGGGUGGCAGGUGGGAUUUAGAAGGAGGGUUGUUUUGCAGGUCACCUUCGGCGAGUCGGGGGAGAAGCGCUGUCUCAACAUCGACCAUUCCGAGGAAGAGGGCACUCCAGAGCCACAGCCAACGAAUGAGAUACAGAAAGCGGCUACCCCAGAAGCCGACCCGGUCACGUUCGUCCACUCUGCCGUUCGCCAGAUCACAGACCUUCCCGCGAACGAGUACCCUUCGCCAGCCUUCCUCAAACGCGCUCGCCUCUCAUACGGUGCUCUGUUUGAAGGCGACUUCGACAUAUUCGAAGAGGAUGGAGGCAUCAAGGGGAGGGGUCGCAAGAGAACCAAGUUUUCCCGUGAGAGUACGUCCUGGCGCUAUGCCAGUCAGUCUCCCAGUCCGGAGCCUGAGCCGGCUUCGCCUGUUGAUGAGGUCAUGACGGAUGAGGAGUCUGAGACGAGGGCUGCUCAGACACCGAGUAGGCCGCUGAUGAUGGAUGAGGGUUGUCAGACUGUUGACGUUGAGGAGACUUCGGGUGUUGCGAAGGUUGGCCAUGUAGAGGAAGCCCCGUCGCCGACGCCAUUGCCUAAAGAAACCGCGGUUUCUGAGGCUAUGGAGAAGACGCCUGGUCCAAAACCUGCUCCUACGGCUGCCUCUGGGCAGGUAACCCAGCCUGCUGGUUCUCCUACGCGUGAGCCAGAAAGCCCUCAGAAGGAGCGAGAGGGUGUCUCUACACCCCAGCAGAAGUCAGACCUGCAAAUUCGCAUCGGAGAGCCACAUAAACAAAACUCGGCUCAGCAGCACGAUCUGCCAUCGGCAAAGAGCCUUGGCGGGUUCUCAGAUAGUCUCUUUGGAACCCCCAAGUCGUCUACUUUUGGCUCCUCUAAUUUGGGUACAAGCAUCUAUGGCACGAGCGCUGCCCAAGUUGCUCCGUCUGUGAAUCUUGCGGAUCAGGUCCGCUUCGGAUUCUCCCACGUCCCGCAUGAAGCCCCUGCAUCUGCUUCACACGAAGCUGUUGCUACGACGGGCCGUGGACAUGAAGCGACCACUACGACCAGCUACGCUCACGAAGCAGCUUAUCCCGUCUCCUACCUCGAUCAAGCUGCCCCUACGGAUGCCAUUCAUCCCCCAUUCACCACCUCCGACACUCAACCCCCCGUCCCCGCCCACGACCAACCCAUUCCCCCUGUAAUCGAACAAUUCGCCCACGGCCACUGGGAAAUGGCCACCCAAGCCCCGCAAUACAAUCCCACCGAAGGCGGGCACUUCGGCCCCGGCGCUCUGGUAGAAGGGUCCCACGUCGAUAUCGGGCAUCCUUCCCUCCAUUCCAGCGCCAUUUCCCCGCACGAUGUCCCCGCUGGGUUUGCUAGUUACGGACCUGGACUUCCUGCUGCAACUGCGGAGGAGUCUUCGAAGCAUGAGACUCCUGUACCAGAGGGGGGGAGUAAUAAGACGCCUAUUGUUUUGUCUGAUUCCUCAGAUGAGGAUGAUGACAAGCAAGAAGAGGUUGAAGAGGAGGAAGAUGAGGAAGAAGAUGCUGCGGUCGAUGAUGAGAAGGAUGCUGAGGCCGAAGAGGAUGAGAUAGCUUACAGGGAGAAGCUUGAGGAGGGGGACUACGAUCAGAGGAUGUAUUCCGUUCCGUCGGAUGAUGAUGAGGGACUAUCAGAGGAGGAAGAGGAGGCGGAGUUAGAAGAGGAGGGAAGGUAUGGCAAUCCGGAGAUGUAUGAUGAGGAUGGGGAGAGGUGGGAGGACGAUGAAGAGGAGGGAGAGGGAGAUGAGUGGGGGGAGGAAGAUGAGGAGGUUGAGGAUGACGAGGAUGACGAGGAGGAGAAUAAGAAAGAGGAUCCGGACUAUGAGGAAGAAGAAGAAGAAGAAGAAGAAGAGGAGGAGGAGGAGGAGGACAAAGAGGAUUAUGAUAGGUAUAUGCGGCGGUAUCAGCCUAGGAAACCGCCGGCCCCCCAGAAGCCUAAGGAUCCUGUCGUCAUCAGCCUUCUUUCAGAUUCCGAAGACGAAGAGCCGGCUCCGACUCCAGCUCCGGCGGCGAAGCCCUCAACUACUACUACUCAGCAAGCUCCUUCAGCAACACAGCCAAAGUCCGAACCUGCGGCAGUCUCAAGCUCCCCAGCCGCCGCUGAAGCGGCCGAGAAGCCCUCCAAAGAAACUGCCGCCAUAACGGCACGCCAAAAGUCCCCUACUCCUGUUGAGCUCUCCCAAAAAGACAUCAAAUUCGUCGAGGAUGAGAAAGGUCGACUCACCAGCAGCCUGUAUGGAGGGACGCAGGUGAUUGACUUUGCUCCGCAUCCGGGCGACGGUCGAUCAACAGGAUCUCGCGCAGAAAUUGAAGAGGAUAUUAGUUCGAGGGAGGAGUCUCCUGAUAAGGUGGUUGAGUCUGUCGAGGGCAGGGUGUAUCAGUCUGUGGAGAGGGAAGACGAAGAGGAUAGGGAUGUGGAGAUUGUGGGAAGUGAGCCAUCAACGAGUGAGAGUUCCGAUGAGGGGUUGUUUGUCAAGCAGCCCUCGUACCAGGCAUCGAUUUCUUCGGAGGGAGAAUCAGCUGAAGAUGGGUCUGCUGUCGGUUCUAAGAGGACUGACGAUGGCCAGGAAUCGGAACUGCUGGAGGAAGAGGAGGAGGAGGAGGAGGAGGAGGAGGAGGAGGGAGGGUCUGAGGAAGAGAGUUCUGAUGAAGGCUCUGGAGAGGAAUCGAAGGAGAUUAUUGAGAUUGAGGAUGAAGAGAGUGAAGAGAGUGCGAGUGAGGGGGUUGAGAGUGUUGACGGAGAGGUUGAAGAGGUUGAGGAUGAGGAGGAGGGUGAGGUUCAAGUUCUGGACAAGAAACGGGCAAAGGAUGAAGGGGGGAAAGUUGAAAGUGUGGCUGCUGAAAGCAAGGUCCAUGAGAUCGUAGAGACACAGGACGAGCAUUCCGAGCCUGAAGCUGCUGAGAACAAUGCCGUCGAAGACGCGACUGUCAAACGCUCAGAAGAUGAGGCGAUCAAGUCCCCCGAAACUGAAGCCCCCAAACGAGAGUCCAUCACCGAGGACAGUACCCAAUCCCAGCCCGCAUUCUCAACUCAGCCUGACUUACCUCAAAGCCCCUCCGACAAAGAAGAAGACGAGAUCAUGGCCGAAGCCGCCUCUGCCUCAUCCCCCGAUAUCCAACCCAUGCCGAUGGAAACUGAACCCCUCAAACCCCACGAAGAUGAAGACGAAGACAUGGGCGACGCCGAUGCAUGGUCAGAUACGCAAGAAAAAAUGGAUGAGGAUGCGCAAUCGUUCCAUUCUGCGUCCGAGAUGGAGGUCGUGCAUGAGAGUCAUACGGGCGCGGAGGAUGUUGAUAUGGUUGAUGCGGUUUCUCAGGAGGGGGAGGAAACUAUCGUGGGGGGGAAUGCAGAGGAGAGGAUGGAGGAUGCUCCGGAGGUCGGUGUCCAACCUGCGUCUGGCGAAAACGUUGAGAUGACUACCGAAACACAGACGCAAACACUGACACAGCCUAUGGCUGAGGUUACUGCGGAGGAGAUGAAAGCCCAGGCAAUGGAAGGCUCCGAUGGUUUUCCUCCACCGGAACAGAGUCAGGUUGUUAGGGAGAAGAUGCAGGAAGUUCAUCAAGGGCAACAGGAGGGCGAGCUGGUGCCCGAACAACUCGAACCUUCGGUGGUCGAGUCGAAGCCCGAAGACAGUGCGCGCGUCGAAACCCAGACCGACAAGCAACACCCAGAGUCUGGUGCCACAGGCGAGGUUGAGAGUGCUCCUACCCAACAGGCUGAAGACCAUAUUACGCAGGCUAAGGCUAGGGAGGACCCGCAGAAGGCUGAAGAGACGGCAGAUGAGUCUACACAGUCUCAGGAGGCUGGCCCAGCUCCCGGAUCCAGCGCUCAAGCACCCAUCACUCUCGAUGAGGACGCGCACGCUGAGGCUUCAGACGAGGCUGCUUCUGUUGACGAGGCUGAUCACGGGGACGACGAAACACAAGAAUUCGAAGAGCCAGAAGAGGACGAGGCUACACAACUUCACCCAGAAUACGACGAAGACGAGCUAGACGACGAGAUCGCCAUCUUCGAGCAGCUCACCCAAGAAGCUCAGCGCUCCUUCGAAUCAUACUCAACUGCCUCCGAGUCCCAACCCCGCGAGAAAUCUCCCAGUCCCGAUCUUAGCAUUGACCUCGCCCGCCAAGCCGUCGCAGCCCGCUCUUCCGAAGCGCACUCCUCUUCCCCAACCGCAGCAGGUGAUGCCACCCGGCCUACGGCCCCCCUCGGCGCCUCAAAAGGGCCCCCGAGCCGCGUCGCCCUCGCCCGCGCAGCCCUUGCCUCGCCCUCUAAGCACGGCCGCGAGACCGCCGACGGCAGUAACCCAGGCUCCCUUAAAACAGAAAUAACAAAACACCUCCAAACCCACCAUCCUGAUUUCGCUCCCCUCAAAUCCCUGCGCUCUCAUGCAUCACAAGCCCUUUCCCUCCUGGCCGUCGUGACCACACCUCCCUUGGCCCCGCCCACUAGGGCAAAGGGCGGGCCGAGGGAGUACUUCCUGGCGUUUUGGGUGACUGAUCCCUCCGUGGCCCCCAACAACGUGGUAGAGGUGCAGAUAUAUCGCGCGCAUAAGGACAGUCUACCGGUGGUUAAGACGGGGGAUGUGGUGCUGCUUAGGGGGUUUGUGGUGACGGGACUGAGGGGGAGAGGGUGGGGGGUUAGGAGUGCGGGUGAAGGGGGUGGGCUGUUUGGGAUGAGGCCUCGUUUAGCACCCUCCACGGGAAUAAUGAUCAUGGAACAGAAGGGAAGGGGAAGGCAGAAGAGGUUGAGGUCGGCGCGCCACAGAUCAGAGGACCUCCCGUCGAAGACUGGCAGGGCUGUGUUGAAGUUGUGGGGAUGUUGA